CCUCUACUUCGAGGGGUUUCCAACCCCAAGAAUCUGCCCUGCCUCCCUCUCACAGGACCCUACAUCCUGUAGGUAAAGGCGAUUAUCAGUGACUCAUUGAGGCUGUGGCUGAAAUAUUGGUUGUUUCAUCAUUUCUGUUGUCUCCAAAGCCACAGAACUGCAUCAUGUAAAUGGUUUUGUGACUGUGCACUGGUACGCAGUGGAGACAUCUAUAGACUGAAGUAAGAGGGCUAUGCGGUCAUUUGAGCCCCUCCUCUCCUUCCCCUUCUAGGAGUUAUAAAUUCUGGGGAUUUGAGGGUAAAAACCUUACUCACUUUGGAUACGUUCUCUACAAGAUGCAUUUCCUGUUCCCUCUCUUGGUGACUUUGCUUCAAUCUCCUGCUGCUAGAGCUGCUUCCUGGAGAAGCCAGCAAAAUGGAGACAGUGCCUUCUUCAAGACUGACAAUAGAGUUUCUUCUAUAGUUGAGAUUAUUGGAGGCCGGGAGGCAAAGCCACAUUCCCGACCAUACAUGGCAUACCUAAAGUAUAGCAAUGGAAAUGGAAAAGGAGGGAGAUGUGGUGCUUUCCUGGUUCGAGAGGACUUUUUGCUGACAGCAGCUCACUGCUGGGGAAGUUCAAUAAAUGUCACUCUGGGGGCCCACAACAUCAAGAAGACAGAAAAGACCCAGCAGCAGAUUCCUGUGCUCAGAGCUAUUCCCCAUGAAGAAUAUGACAACCAGAACUUCAAAAAUGAUAUUAUGCUGCUACAGCUGAAGAAGAAAGCUAAGUUGAACAGAGCUGUUGGGCUCUUGGCCUUGCCCUUGAAGAAGGACAGGGUGAAGCCUGGGAAGAGUUGUACUGUGGCAGGUUGGGGGAUUACCCUCAGCAAGAGUUACUCUGACACGCUGCAGGAGGUGGAGCUAAAAGUGAGAGACGAUCACGAGUGUGUGGACAAAUACCACCAAAAAAAGUACAGUAAUUGUAUCCAGAUGUGCGCUGGAGAUCCUAAAGACCGAAAGCUUUCUUUUAGGGGAGACUCUGGAGGUCCUCUCGUGUGUGAUAGAGUGGCCCAGGGCAUUGUUUCCUAUGGAUUUGUAAAUGGGAGCAACCCUCGGGUCUAUACUCGGAUCGCCAGCUUCUUACCAUGGAUCAAGAGAACAAUGAAAGCUCAUGAGUACUAAGCAUCACAGUUCCUACUCCCAAGCAGGAAUCAUUCUCUCUGCUGAUUCCCCAAAAUGGUUCUGCAUUCAGAGCCAGAAGAAAAGAGGAAUAUUUGGGAAUAAAG